UCUAAACCGGGAUCACGUAACAGGAGCCAAACGAGCCAGGACCGAUAACAGAAUGUUCAAACAAGCACGGUGGAACGAGGCAUUGCUCGUAGCGUUUUCGAAGCAGCAGUCGAGCGACCGCGUACGCAGAUUGACGUAACCGCGAAGGAUGUUGCUGAUUUUUCGGAGAAAAUUUCUCGGCCCGUUCCUCCCAGGAGAGCUCUGAGAGCUGUGGUUCGACGCUCGUGUGGAACGCUGAUUUUUCAGCCGGUGAUUCGAAAAAAUGAGGUCUCUGUGGCUGAUACUGACCAUCGCCAGGAUCCUCGAGUCGAUCCUCGGGGACCGCGUGUGUCACCCUAAUGACACCGACAUCAGCAUCCCUGGCCAGAGAUCGCAGGAGAUCCUGUCCAGACGAAGGCGUCUCACUUUUCCAAUGGGUAGCACAUUUGUGGCGACGGUGUCGAUCUUGCAAGCGAUUCCGGUUAAACUGCCCAGUAACUGGAACCUCGCGUUCGAGUUCGACGUGAUUUGGCCGAUACCGCCUCAGGAGAGCUUUCGGAAGAAGUAUCAUAAGAAGAGGCCGUGGAUGGUGAAACGACGUCAUCGUCGCGAAUUGUACGCCACUUUCGAGACCGCGUUGGAUAGUCGAAACUUACCAGGAAGACAAUGCGUUCUCAGAACCAUCUGCGAGGCAAGGACGCUGUUAAGUUCACCGGGUGUGUCGUUUGUGGAGGACGUUAUUCGAUUGAUAUUAAGUAAUACCGAGAAAGUGAAGGGAAUCGAUUCCUAUGACGUUGCUUACCGAACCGAGAUGCCGUGCGACGUUGUUUAUCCUUGUCCAAUUUCUCUGUUGAAGCUCUUGUUUAACUUGUACUCUGACGAUCUAGGUUAAUAAUAAACGUUUUUGCUCGAUGAACUUUUGGUGCACGAAACCGAAUACCUUCCAAAUCCAACGAUCCAUCAUGUUACAUCUCGUAAUCAACGCUCGAUACCACUGUACUUGA